GGCGGCAGCAGAGGCAGCCGGAGUCACCGGCGCAGGAGCCGUCGCUCUCUGCCCUCGCUCGACUCCCGCUCGGCACCGCACUUGUGGCCGCGGCCAGGAGGCUGCGGAGCUGUCCCUCCCACAUCUCCUUUCGUCCUUAGCGCCGGGAAGCCGCCGGCCCCGAGGCGAGCUGGCAGGCGGGCCGGAGUCACGCUCUUGCUCCCGCUUUUCCUAUUUGCACUGAAUUUUUAAUGGAAAGAUGGCGAUGUCGGCUCAGACCUGCGGCGCAUCUUCCCUCGUCCUCUUUCUGUGCGGCCACCUCCUCCUCCUGCUGCUCGCCCUGUCGGCCCCCGGAGCCCAUGGCUAUACCUUCCCCCAGCAGCCCACGAUGCAGUAUUGGUCCAGAAGACUGGAACAGGAAAUUGAUGGAGUGAUGAAGAUUUUCGGUGGUGUCCAGCAGCUCAGAGGGAUCUACAAUGACAACAGAAAUCUAUUUGAGAUCAAAGAAAAUGAGCCUCUCAAACUAGUAGAGAGAGUGGCCGGAGAUAUCGAAAGCCUGCUAGCCAAGAAAGUCCGGGCUUUGAAGAGGCUGGCGGACGCAGCUGAGAAGUUUCAGAAGGCCCAUCGCUGGCAGGACAACAUCAAGGAAGAGGACAUCGAAUAUUAUGACUCCAAGGCAGACACAGAAUAUGAUGAUCCAGAGGGCGAGGAGACUACAAGGGAGAAGGCCAAUUCUCUGAAGCUAGACUUUACCGAAGACCUGAACUUUAAAACCAAGGUUAACUACUCAUAUGCUGCGGUCCAGAUCCCCACGGAUAUCUACAAGGGCUCCACUGUCAUCCUCAACGAAUUGAACUGGACAGAGGCCCUGGAGGACGUGUUUGUGGAGAACCGAAAGGAAGAUCCCUCUCUGCUUUGGCAGGUGUUUGGUAGUGCCACGGGUGUCACCCGCUACUACCCAGCUACCCCUUGGAGAGCGCCGAACAAGAUUGACCUGUAUGACGUGCGCCGGAGGCCAUGGUACAUCCAAGGAGCCUCAUCCCCAAAGGACAUGGUCAUCAUCGUGGACGUGAGUGGGAGCGUGAGCGGCCUGACUCUGAAGCUAAUGAAGACAUCCGUCUGUGAGAUGCUGGACACCCUCUCUGAUGAUGACUACGUCAAUGUGGCUUCGUUCAACGAGAAGGCCCAGCCCGUGUCCUGCUUCAACCAGCUUGUGCAGGCCAACGUUCGCAACAAGAAGGUCUUCAAGGAGGCCGUACAGAACAUGGUGGCCAAGGGGACCACGGGCUACAAGGCUGGCUUCGAAUACGCCUUUGACCAGCUCCAGAAUUCCAACAUCACCCGGGCCAACUGCAACAAGAUGAUCAUGAUGUUCACGGACGGCGGAGAGGACCGUGUUCAGGACGUCUUCGAGAAGUACAACUGGCCCAACCGGACGGUCCGUGUGUUCACGUUCUCUGUUGGACAGCACAACUAUGAUGUCACCCCCCUGCAGUGGAUGGCCUGUGCCAACAAAGGUUACUACUUUGAGAUCCCCUCCAUCGGGGCCAUCCGAAUCAACACCCAGGAAUAUCUUGAUGUGCUGGGCAGGCCCAUGGUUCUAGCGGGGAAUGAGGCCAAGCAGGUACAAUGGACCAACGUCUACCAGGAUGCAUUGGGUCUGGGGCUGGUGGUGACAGGAACCCUGCCAGUGUUCAACCUAACCCAAGAUGGCAGCGGGGAGAGGAAGAACCAGCUCAUCUUAGGUGUGAUGGGCAUUGAUGUGGCUUUGAACGACAUCAAGAAGCUGACUCCAAGCUAUAAUCUGGGAGCCAAUGGCUACGUGUUCUCCAUUGACCUCAAUGGCUACGUUCUCCUACACCCCAACCUGCAACCCCAGAUUAUCAAUUUCCGGGAACCAGUGACCCUGGACUUUUUGGAUGCGGAACUGGAGGAUGAGAAUAAAGAGGAGAUCCGGAGAAGCAUGAUCGAUGGGAACGAGGGACACAGACAAGUCAAGACGCUGAUCAAAUCCCUGGAUGAGCGGUACAUUGAUGAAGUGAUCCGGAACUACACCUGGGCCCCCAUCAAGAGUACUAACUACAGCCUUGGCCUGGUGCUCCCCCCGUAUAGCACGUACUACAUCCGCGCCAACCUCAGCGAUCAGAUCCUCCAGGUCAAGUUGCAAACCAUCAAAAUGAAGGAUUUUGAGUUCCUGCUGCCAAACAGCUUUGAGUCCGAGGGACAUGUUCUCAUUGCUCCCAGAGCAUACUGCAAUGACCUGGACCUGUCGGACAACAACACCGAGUUCCUGGAGAACUUCAUUGCGCUCAUGGAGAAGGUGACCCCCGACUCCAAGCAGUGUGACAACUUCCUACUCCACAACCUCAUCUUGGACACGGGCAUCACACAACAACUGGUGGAGAAGGUGUGGAAGGACCAAGACUUGAACACGUACAGCCUCCUGGCAGUAUUCGCUGCCACCGACGGUGGCAUCACCCGAGUUUUCCCCAACAAAGCGGCGGAGGAUUGGGAGGAGGACCCGGAGCCCUACAACGCCAGCUUCUACCGCCGCAGCCUGGACAACCAUGGCUACGUCUUCAAGCCCCCAUCCCGGGACCCUGGCCUCAAAUCCCUGGAGCUAGAGAACAACACCAUCGGCAUCCUUGUCAGCACAGCAGUGGAGCUCAGCAUCGGGGGUCGAACCCUGAAGCCCGCAGUGGUAGGUGUGAAGCUGGACCUGGAGGCUUGGGCUGAGAAAUUCAAGGUGCUGGCCAGCAACCGCACUGACCGUGACCAGCCGCAAAAGUGUGGGCCCAAUAGCCAAUGUGAAAUGGAUUGUGAGGUCAACAACGAGGACCUCCUCUGUGUCCUCAUCGAUGACGGUGGCUUUCUGGUGCUUUCCAACCAGAAUAAUCAGUGGGACCAGGUGGGCAAAUUCUUCAGUGAGGUGGAUGCCAACUUGAUGCUGGCCCUGUACAACAACUCCUUCUUCACGCGCAAAGAGUCUUUUGACUACCAAGCCGUCUGUGCUCCCCGGGCCCAGAGCAACACAGGCGCCGGGCCCCGUGGGGUCUUUGUGCCCACCAUUGCUGACGUUCUCAACCUGGCCUGGUGGACCUCAGCCGUAGCCUGGUCCCUGUUUCAGCAGCUUCUCUACGGGCUCGCCUAUGGCAGCUGGUUCCAGUCAGAGGACGUGGUGGCAGACAGCAUGGAGGCCCGGGAGACCAGCUGCAUCAUGAAGCAGACCCAGUAUUACUUCAGCAGCGUCAACGCGUCCUAUAACAGCAUGAUAGACUGUGGCAACUGCUCCAGGCUGUUCCAUGCUCAGAGGCUGGCCAACACCAAUCUGCUCUUCGUGGUGGCCGAGAAACCCCUCUGUAGUCAGUGCGAGUCUGUUAAACUGAUGCAAGCUGAGACGCGCUCGGAUGGGCCAGAGCAGUGUGAGCUGGUGCAGAAGCCGCGGUAUCGGAAAGGGCCCCACAUCUGCUUCGACUACAACACAACAGAAGAUACCUCAGACUGUGGCCGAGGGGCAUCCUUCAAACCCUCCCUCGGGGUCCUGUUGUCUCUGCAGCUGCUACUCCUUCUGGGCCUGCCCGUCUACUCCCAGCUGCUGCUCUGCACAUCCUGCCUUUAAGCCUUCUCCUUCCCUGCCUCCCCACUUCCCCCUGCUCGCCCUGGCCCUUUCCUUCUGGCUUUUUGCCCCCGCCCCAACACCAGGCCCUGCCAGGCCUCUGGCCUCUGGGUGGUCCCCCGUCUCGCCCCACCAAAUCCUCCCUCCCCCCAGAUUCCACCCUGGGCAGUGGCAAAGGAAAGACUCUGGGGGAAGCAGUGAGGAGUGGUGGAGCAGGAGACCUGGCUCCCUCCCUGUGAAGCCCUUGUGGGUUCCAUGGCCCCAAGGCCCCGUUUCACCAUUCUGCUGUCAUGAUAUUGCUUGUCCUCCCUCAGAACGGGCAGAAGAGCCAGAAUCUGAAAGUUUGUCUCGUGCUGAUGCCAAACUUGAAAACUGGCCCCAGCCUGGGUCAGGGGGUGGGAGGGAACAGGGAGCAAGCAGACUCUCCACUUCGGCCAGUUCCCCGCAGCUUCUGUAUACUCCUCCGUUCCCCCUCUAGGGCACCUGAUCCUGGCUUGCAGCUCAGCGUGGUUUGUUCUGAACAAGGCUGUGGUUGGGGGCCCGGGGGGGAAAGCGGGGCAGGUGACUCCGGAGAGGGCACUCUCAAGCUCAACCCGACACCCGGCCCCUCCCUGCCACCGAUCAUCUCCAGGGCUCCCAACACGUCAGCAUUUGGCAGGAGGUCGACGAGGGUACAGAGGGAGUUAGCCUAGGAGCACCCUGAAAGUUGCUACUAAGGGUGAGCAAACUGAAAGCAGGCCCCUCCAUUUCCCAGAAUCACUGUGAGCACUCUUCUCUGCCACCCAUCCUCUCUCUGUUCCUCCAGCCCAUCCUCCCAGACCCCAGCCGGUCCACCCCCACUGCUCCUCC